CUACCUUCACUUCUUCUUCCCUCUCUUCCUUCUUCUUUUUCUUCUUCUCCUUCUUUCUGCGGUUGCCUACUUGAUCGCCCGUGGCAGCACAGCUGGGCCAUGCACAACCGCAAUUGCACGCACCCAGACGACCACGAGGACGUGGACAUGCUGGACGCCAUCAACCCACGGCAUGCAAAGGGUCGUGUCGUGCCCGAGGGUUUGUACAAUCUGACACGGCGUAUGGAGGACGAGGACGAGGACCAGUUCGACGUGGAUGUGACCAUCAUGGACUUCCUCGCAUUCAAGGCUAUCAAUUUGAUUUUCGAAUGGCGCUCCAGCAUCAAUCCUUACAUGUCCGAUUUGCCUUCGGCUCUGGCCUCCAUGACUGCAGAAUUCAGAACUUUUGUAAAACACAAACACGGCGGCCGCCGUCUCAACACCCAAGCCGCAUUCCGCUCGCGCCUGCUCCAGUUCUCUCUGCUCUUUAGCCACCGCCUGAAUCAUGACAAUACCUGGACUACAGAGCAAUCUCUCAACCAUCUGCGUUCCCAAAACAGAAAUCGUGGAUCCUACUGGCGCCUCCACACCUCCCAUCCUCCCGCUCUCCAUCAGCCCUUUGAUCCUUCGAGUGAAUUUCCCCUUGCUGACGGUGCCCUCGCCGAAAACCGCCAUGAGCUGGCUUGCUCUUUGGGUCAGCCCCAGGACAAGCGGAGGUGGGUCACCGACCUGGAUGGCACGCCCACGCUUCACUGCUUGCUCGCUCUAUUCAUGGACCUCACGGCCGCAAGAGUCGAGCUUGGCGACUGGGACCCGAGCGAUGGUUGGAUGCAUCUUGUCGGCAACUUUAUGGUCCAAGCCGCCAUAGAGGACUACCUGAGAAACGGUGCCUACGGCGAGGAAUCAUUCAACACUAUCUUUGCUUUUGGUUACCCCGGCACCUCGCGGCGACCCGAAGAUGGUGCCGACAUCCAAGCUAUGCGAACAUUGUUCCGCGCCCAAGGGAGCACUCGAGAACAAAUACCCGGCUGGUCUGAAAUCAGGCAACAUUAUAUUGAUGAGUUGUUGCCGCAGCGAGACCAGGGUGCAUCGUUCCUGCAAGCCAUAUCCAAUGCUCAAGAGCGCCAUCCUUAUGUCGAGUUUGAAGGGCAGAUGCUUUCCUUUCUAGAAUAUCUCCACAAAGACCUCGUGAAGCCAGACCUGGUACAGGUCGAGGAAGGCCGCAUCACCAUCGAUGGUAACGAUCUGGGAGAGGCCGAAUCCCGGGAAAUGAUUCGACGCAUAGGUCUUUGA